UCCAUAUGUCUAUAUUUCAAAAAAUAACUUCAUAUGUUUUGCAAAAAAACUUUAAUCCCAUUUUAGUAUAUAGUGAUAUUGAUAGGAUUAAUUUAUGGACUCCAUUAAUCCAAAGCCAAAGAGGGGCUAAACGAGGAUAUAGAGGUAGAACAAAUGCAAACAGAAAGAAAAAGGCACCUAAAGCAGAAAACACUGAUAAAGUGAUUAAAGAAAAGACUUUCAACGUCAAGAAAAAAAAUGUUAUAAUUGAUGAUAAUUUACCCAUUAAUUCAUUAGACUAUGAAGAAUACUGCAAAAGAAAACCAACAGAUAACAUUUAUUUAUUAGAAAAAUUUCUACCCAAGUUAUAUGACCUAAAAGAGGCCAUUAUAGCACAUAAAGAUGUUGCAAGCCCUGCCAUAUAUGACAAUCUUGAUGGUUUAUUUUAUAUUAAAAUGUUAUUAAAUAUGAAUACAUCAAAAAAAAACAAACCAUUGACUCCAUUUUCAGGAAUAUUGUUAUAUAAAAAUCCAUUUGACUUUCCUAUGAAAUUUAACAAUCGUAUUUUGGCCUUUGCACACAAACUAUCUGAGCAAGAAAUGGCCUCUGAAGCUGGUGCUUUGAUAACUGGUGGCAAAGAGCUUGUCAAAAAAAUUAUCAAAGGAACUAUUAAGAGAACUGAUUUUGACCAUGUCAUAUGUACACCAGAAAUUUUACCUGAAAUAAUUAGUCUCAGAGGCAUUUUGCGUAAUAGUUUUCCAAACACAUCUAAGGGUUCUGUUGACACUGAUUUAUGUGGUAUGGUUAAAAAGUUCUCUAAAAGUGUUACCUACAAAACCGAAAUUGUUGAAAAUAAUCUUUCCACUGUAGGCAGCAAUGAUAGUGAAAUAGUACACAAAGCACUUUUGGAAUGUAUGUUAGCCAAAAUUGGAAUGCCGUUAGAACAAAUUGUUCAAAAUUUUGAAACGUUAGUUGACACUCUCAUGUCUCAUAAGCCUAAUACCAUUGAUCCUGCUCAAACCUUCAACUCUAUCUCUGCAGUGGUGCCGAAGAGAAAAUGCGUUACUGGGCUACUUUGGAAAAAUUUCAAUCGAAUGCCAGACAAUGGUUACAUUGGGACAAAGAGUGUUGUUAAACAGCAUUCUAAUGAAAAAAUUCCAAAAAUAAAAAGCUUUAGACAUGGUGACAAAAGAUGAGGAUCAAAAUAUCUAAAGGACGACAGAAAAUGGUUCAAUGAAGAUAUGGGUCUAGGCUAAUUGUAUAAAUUAUUUAGUAUAUUUGUACUAUGUAUUAUUAAUUUAAGAUUUAGAGAAAAAAGUAGCAAAUAUUUCAGGAGUUAAGAGAGAAGUUAAGCAAUUUAAUAGAUUAUGUUAGGCAGAAUUAGAUUAGAGAAGUUAACCUUAGACAUUAAGAUGAAUUUGAUAUAUUUAUAUAUUACAAGAUCAUUAAAGCAGAAAUGGAAGAGAAGUUGGUCAUUUGCAGAAUGGUGGGUUUAUAUUAAGUGGAACUGGACGGGUGUUGUAAUAUUCAGAUAAAUACUUUUAAACGAUAAAUGUCUUAUUCAAAUUAUGAGAAUUAUUACGAGAUUAUAGAUAGUGUUAGGCUCGCUCGUUUUGAGCCAACUUUUAAAAACGGCUAACUCAAUAUUUUAGCCAGGAAAAUAAUGCCUAAGGUUGCAUUCAUAGUGGAGACGGAUCCGAUUUUUACAUCCGUUCCGUCAAAAGUCAAUCUCAUUAAAAAUGAUAUAUAUGUUCAUAGUGCGUCCGUUCCGAUACCUUCCGUCUUAAAAACGGAUCCGGCAAAUUUUGAAGUCAAAACAUUUUGACUUUUUGAUCCGGCAAAUCUUAAAGAGCGUUAUAACGUUACUUA